AGCGCGCUUUUCUCACAUGUACGAUAAUGUUGUAAAUUUUUUGUGGGUUUUGUGUAGUAAGGUUAUUGGUGUUUUUCUUUUCUGAUUUUAUGGAAUCAACAUUUUUUGUUUAUACCAUGAACCAUACGGCUAUAAAUAUUAUUAUAGAUUUUACUUCGUUGGCUUUGAAAGAUUAAUAGUAACUUUAUUUUCCGAUUCUGUUAGUGUUGUGGUAAUUGAACUUGAUAAUUGUCAGUGCUGCUGCUGAUUGCAGUAUAACUAUAAAUUAAUUUUGUUAUUAUUAGAAUCGUAAUCACGUACUGAGGUAGUACCACUAGUAGUACAAAUAAUAGAGCUACAACAUCAACUUUGUAUGGUACAAAACGUAGGCCAAGUUUCAUGUUUUAAUUGCGUGUUUUAGCUGAAGCUAUACCGUACAGCCUACGUUGUACGAUUGAAGGAGCUUGAACAGUUUUAAAUUUAAGCUCGGAACUAAAAUAUACGUAAUAGUUUAUCAUGGCAUCAAAGGAUAUAAGAAGUUUUUUUGUCCCACGCUAUGGAUCCAAACAGCCACCCCAGUCAACAAAAAGUGAAAAUAAGCUGGCAAAAAAAUGUGAUGCAUCGCAAGAGGCCAAGUUUAAAAAACAAAAGGAAAAUGGAUGUAACAAGAAAAAGAAGAGAGCUUGUAUUAUUGAAUCAGAUUCAGACGAAGAUCCAUUGCCUAUAAAAUUAUCAAAACAUGAAAAGAAACGUGAUCAAGAGAAAGUUGAUGAAAUGGAGACUGUUAAUUCAGAUUCCAGUAGUAAACAUCUGAAAGAAACCCGUCCAACUAAUUCAAAAACAAACAGAACUUCACAAAAACAAGACCCGUCUAAGCUGAAACCCAUCUCAGUGGAUGAUUUUUUCGGUGAUGUUCCAGUGAAGCGUUCGCCGAAGAAAUACAUUUCUUCAAAGCCAAAAGUGGAAUAUUCUGUUGAACAGAAGGAACCAUCAAAAGAAAUACAUGAUGAUGAAGAUUUUAAGUGUACGCUGAAGCAGUUAGAUGAAGAGAAGCUUGAUAAACAGUGUAAUGUUAAAGAGCCAUCAAGAAGAAUAAGUCCCAGAAAAAUAGAAAAAUCAGAGGCCAACAAAACUUCUCCAAACAAAGACCCAUCAAGAAGAGCAAGUCCUAGAAAAAUAGAAAAACCAGAGGCCAACAAAACCUCUCCAAACAAAGACCCAUCAAGAAGAGCAAGUCCCAGAAAAAUAGAAAAACCAGAGGCCAACAAAACCUCUUCAAGCUUAGCAGGAAAGCUGUCAUCCAGAGUCAAAGGUGAAGAAAAAUAUUCACCUUCUAAGAAAAAGUGUCAUUCACAUUUUAACACAUUAGUUCACCGAACGCCAUCAGUUGAAAUUGAGGAGGAGGAGGAGGAUGUGAAAUCAUCCCCAUCCAAGAGGAAAUCUGAAACUCCUUCUAAAGAAGUGAAUGGAACUGCUGUAUCAACCUCUCAUAAGAACCAAGUGUCUCAUAUUCCUAAGAAAUCGCCAAGUAAAUCUUCUGUUGAAAUUAACAAAAGCAGACAAUUCAAGUCUCCAAAGAAAGAAGGUUCUGAAAAUAGUCCUACUCAAGAAAAAACACCCGAAGAGAAAAAAAGGGAAAAAAUUUUGAACUACAAGCGAUUCAGGGAGAGAGAGGGGCCUCGUGCUUUAGGUUCUAAAUUAAUUCCUGAGGGAGAAGAUGGCUGCUUUUCAGGCCUAACUUUUGUGAGUACAGGUGUAUUAGAAUCGUUGGAGCGAGACCAAGUGAAAGAGCUGAUUGAGAAGUAUGGAGGAAAGCUAACACAGUCUGUGAGCAAGAAAACAAGUUAUCUUCUCAUUGGUCGAGAUGCUGGUCCAGCUAAACUAGAAAAAGCAGAGAAUCUGGGUACUAAACAGAUAAAUGAGGAUGAAUUUUUGGAGUUAAUCAAGACUUUACCAGGACAAAAAACAUUAAAAAGUCCGGUAAAGCACUCAAGAACUCCAGUUAAGUCCUCACUGAAAGACACCUCAAGAAAUCUGGAAUCGGCUGGUAAUCCAGAAAUGAGGAAACGUAAGAGUGAAGAGCAUUACAGCCCUCCAGAUCAACCUUGUAAGAAAUACAAACAAGAAGAAACUGUGGAUAAAAUCAAGGGCGAAGACCAUAAGAUGUGGGUAGAUAAACACAAGCCUACAUCAACGAAACAGAUAAUUGGCCAGCAAGGAGAGAAAAGCAAUGUCAAGAAACUGACGAAGUGGUUAAUGAACUGGUAUAAAAACCAUAGUUCUGGGAAAAAGCCACCACCACCUCCUCGAUGGGGUGGAGCUGGAGAUGACGGGUCAUUUUUUAAAGCUGCUCUUCUAUCUGGUCCACCUGGAAUUGGAAAAACUACAUCAGCCCAGCUUGUGUGUCAGGAAGCUGGUUUUCAAUAUGUUGAGCUAAAUGCCUCUGACACUCGUUCUAAGAAAAACCUAGAUGAAGAAAUUUCUCAACUUUUGAGUAACAAAAGUCUUGGCAACUAUUUUUCAG